AUGGCCUUUUUGCACUGCCGACGUCUUCCUGCAGAUUGGGGCCAUCACGGUGAUAGCGCUUGCGCUAUCACCGUGAUUGUGCCAAAACUGCGACUAAACUGGCAUGAUGGCUCCAGCGAAUGGCUUGCAGGGGCGACUUCAACGGCACAGUUGCUACUAGCAGACUGCCUGACACGGCCGGACACAAAUCUGCGGGUGAAUUUGGAAUUUGGAAUGAAUUCAUGCGCUGAGAUUCCUGGUGGAAUUCGCUGUAUCGAUGACAGAGACGGAUUGGAUCGCAUGGACGACUAUUUGUCGACUGCAUGGUUUGUGCUCGUGGUGGGAAUUCUGGAAUUCACCGAUCUGCCGAAGAAUUCGCUGCACACUUCAUUGCAACUGCACGACCGACUGGCCCACAAGGGAUGCAGUAUGGCAGAGUUCGCUGCAAGCAUAAACGAUGGUACAUGGAGCCAUCGCACAUGGAGGCUUUGCGACCUUAAGGCGCUGACGCUGAACGACUGCACGACUGCAUGA